AUGAGUGACAUUGCUCAAAAUCUUUUUCAAUCAAUUCGUUGGCUUAAUAUUAUUAUUGGUAUACCCUUAUUCGUAUUUGGUACUAUCGGUAGUAUUUUAACAAUAUGCAUAUUUAGUCGAACUAAAUUUCGUAAUACAUCAUCUGUUCGUUAUUUAAUAGCUAGUUCCAUAGCUAAUUUUAUUCAACUUGUACAAACACUUUUACCACGUAUACUUACUGAUGGAUUUGCAAUUUUACUUGUAAAAUCGAAUACAGAUUAUUGUAAAGCUCGUAAUUAUAUAGCAGCUGUAGCAACAUUAUGUUCUUUAUCUUUUCCAUGUUGGGCAUCAUUUGAUCAUUUUGUUAGUACAUCACGAAAUGCUAAUAGACGAAAAUAUUGGACAUCAAAAAUUUUUGUUUAUUUUGCAAUAUUUAGUACGAUUUUAUUUUGGCUUAUUAUUCAACUACCAAUAGUUAUCUUUAGUAAAGCUAAUGGAGAAUCUUGUAUUACAACUAAUAUUAUCAGUACUUAUAUUUAUGCAUAUGGUGUUACUCCAAUGGCAUAUACAAUAUUACCUAUGGGAGUAGUUAUUUAUUUUAAUAUUGGUAUUGUACGAAAUUUACGACAAUCAAGAUUUAUUGGUAUAGUUCAUAUAAAUAAUCGUUUAGUAAGACAAGUUCGACGAAUGUUAAUACCUCAAUUAAUUAUUCUUAUUUUAUCAGGAAUACCAUAUAGUAUUCAAACAAUUUAUUCAGUAGCAACAAUAUUACAAAAAAAAUCAUAUCUUCAAUUAGCAAUUGAAAGUGUUAUUCUUAAUAUAGUACGACUUUUAUUUUAUUUAAAUUAUGUAUGUUCAUUUUAUAUUUAUUAUAUUAUGUCAAGUGAAAUUCGACGAGAAUUGAAACGUUUAUUUUAUCAACACAAUUCAAUAUUACCAGAAAGAACAACAGCUUAA